UGCUCCACCUCGCCUCGCUCCACAGUCUCUACAGCACACCCGCUCGCUCUCCCUCGCUCCGCUCCACUCCUCUCUCUCUCCGCAGCGCAGCGCCGUCCAGGCCCAGCGGCGAUGAAGCUCACGCCCGAGCUCAUCGAGCAGGCGCACUCCUACCUCUCGCCGCUCAAGGACCGCGAGCUCGACUUGCGCGGCCUCAAGAUCCCAGCCAUCGACAACCUCGGUGUCACACGAGACCAGCAUGACAGCAUCGACCUGACCGACAACGACAUCCGCAGCCUCACCAACCUGCCCUCGCUGCCGCGCCUCACCACGCUCAUCCUCUCCAACAACGCCAUCGCCAGCAUUGCGCCGCGCAUCGCCAAUGCCGCGCCGCGCCUCACGACGCUCGUGCUGACGAACAACCGCAUCGAGAGCCUGGCGGCACUGCAGCCGCUGGCGCGCUUUCCGUGCCUCGAGUACCUCAGCCUGCUGGGCAACGGCGUGGCACGGAAGGAGCACUACAGGGAAUGGGUCAUCAGCAGGUGUCCCAAGGUGCGGGUGCUCGACUUUCGGCGCGUCAAGGAGAAGGAGCGAGCACUCGCCAAGUCAUUGAUGGAGCUUCCCGACGGGCGGCCAUCAGCCUUGGCCGCCUCCAUCGCCGCCGAGGGUGGGCCCGCUGUGCCCGACGAGGGCGCAUCGGCCAAGACGUUUGACGUGGGCAGCACCAAGGGCGCGGCCGGGCGCCUCAUGACGGCCGAGGAGCGCAAGGCGUUGGAGGAGGCCAUUGAGCGCAGCUCGUCGCUCGAGGAGAUUCGGAAUCUCGAGGAGCGCCUCAAGCUUGGCUACACGGUGCCGGCGGCGAAGAAGGACGAGGAGAUGCAGUCGUAGAGAGCAUGUGGAGGGCUUGCUGCCGUGAAAAGGGUGCACGAGAUAGUGCUAAUGCGAUCGAUCCCGCUGUAU